AUUUCACUUUACUUAAUUAUUUAUUGAUAAAAAGGCAUGUAGGAGCUUAAUAGGUUGAGGUCUGGAAUUUUGGGUGAGAGAGAUAAUAUGGUGACUAUGCAUGAUGUUAUGGAUGCAUAGUGGGUCUAUGAUAAUUAUAGAGAUGAGAGCUAUUUGAGGAGAGUGAUUAUGCCUCUUGAGCGCUUUUGAAUAGUUAUAAGAGGUUGGUGGUGAAGGACUCUGCUAUGAAUGCUAUUUGCUAUGGUUCUAAGUUGAUGAUUCCAAGGCUAUUGAGAUUUGAGAAAGAUAUUGAGGUUGGGGAGGAAGUGGUGUUGAUGACUACCAAAAGGGAGGCAAUUGUCUUAGAGAUUGCACAGAUGACAACUACCGUGAUGGCUACUUAUGAUCAUGGUGUUGUGGCUAAGAUUAAGAAGGUUGUAAUGGAUUGGGAUACCUAUCCUAGGAAGUGGGGAUUGGGACCAACUACAUCUAUGAAGAAGAAAUUAAUAUUUGAGGAUUGGGAUGCUGUGGUUGCUAAUCUUGCAGCUGCACCAGCAGAGACUGCUGCAGUAGAAAAGGAGAUUACUAUGGUGGAAAGGAGAAGAAAAAGAAAAGAUAAAAUCGAAGAAGUUGAGAAAGAAAAGACAGUGAAGGUGAAGAAGGUGAAAGAAGCAGGAGUCAAAGAAGUUGAAGUUCAGAAGGAGAAAAAGAAGAAGAAGAAUAAGGAGGGAAAUGAUGCAGAAACCGAAGAGAAGACUGAGAAGGAGAAGAAAAAGAAGCAAAAACAGAAGGUUGAAGUUGGGUCACCAAAAACAGAAAAGUUAGAGAAGGAAAAGAAAAGCAAAGAAAUUGAGGAGGCAUCUGAUGUUGCUAAUGGUAAAGGUGACGCUGGAGCUGAUAAAAGUGAGAAGAAAAAGAAGAAGAAAAAUAAAGAUGCAGAAGAAGAGUAAAUCUCAGAAUUUUAUUUUUCUAGAGGUAAAACCCUUUUUGCUUGUAUGUUUAUCUGAAUCUUCCUGGCAACUACAGUUAACCUUUGUAGUUUUGGCAGUUUUUCAACAUAAUUUCAGAAGAACUAGGUCUUGUGAUGGAACGCUUUUUCUUCGCCUAUAAUAUUUCCAAUCAUUUUUCCAUUAAUUUUUUCUCCUCUUCCUUGUGAAUGUUGUCUCCGCUUAACCUUUUCCUUU